AUUGAAGAUAUUUCCUAUCCUUUUAUGGUCUCUAGCAAACAACAUGACUUGGAAAGUCAAGUCAAGCUCCUAACUACACACAUUACUAACUCUGUUGUGAACAAAGAAGGAAAGAGGAAAUACAGACUCUUAAGUCUUGAAGAUCAUCCCAUCAAAGUCCAGUUAAAGCUUCUCCUAUCAUAAGUUCACUACCAUUCCACUAUACCUGAUAAGAGAGAUUCAAAGUUUCCUUCCAAUUCAAAGAUCUAAAUAACUUUGAUCAAUUUGACAAUUAGGUUGCCAAAAAAAUGGUUGAUGCAGUUCUUCGAGUUGUUCUUCAGAACAUCAACUCCCUACUUCAGCAAGAGUUUGCUUUGGUAUGGGGAGUCGAUCGAGAGAUGAGAAGGCUUUCUAACACCUUAGCUACCAUUCGAGAUGUAUUGGAAGAUGCUGAGGAGAAACAAUUCAAGGAUAAGGCCAUCAAAAGUUGGUUAAAGAAACUGAAGGAUGUGGCCUAUGAUGCAGAUGACAUCUUAGAUGAGUGUGCGGUUAAAGCACUUCAAUUCGAAACCCAGAUGGGAAACCGCGGCAACCGUACCAACCAGGUAAGCCACUCAUUCUUAUCUUGCUUCAAUUUUGAACAACUUACAUUCCGUCUCAAGAUUGGACACAAAAUUAAAGAUAUUAGAGAGAGAUUUGAUGAUAUUGCUGAUGAGAGGUCCAAAUUUCAUUUGAACCCGCGGGGAACCAUGGAAUGUACUGUUGAUGAGAGCAGUACUGAACGAGAGACUAGCUCCAUUCUACCUACUGAACACCCAGUUUAUGGUAGAGAAGAAGAUAGAGAACAGAUAGUAAAACUAUUGUUGGCCAACAGUAGUAACCCAGAUUUGCUGGUUUAUCCAAUAAUCGGAAUCGGUGGCCUUGGGAAGACCACACUAGCUCAACUAGUCUACAAUGAUGAACGAGUGAAGAAUCAUUUUGAGGCCAGAAUUUGGGUUUGUGUAUCUGUUGAUUUUGAUGUAAAAGGGCUUACCAAAGCAAUCAUAGAAUCUAUGGAUGGAAAUGCAUGUGAUCUCAAGGACUUGGAUCCAUUGCAAAGCCGCCUUCGUGAGAAGUUGAGGCGGAGAUUUUUGCUUGUAUUGGAUGAUGUUUGGAAUGAAGAUCGGGACAAGUGGGAUAGGGUGAAAUCUUCAUUGAAAUGUGGAAUUGAAGGAUGUUCAAUUCUUGUAACCACUCGUACUGAAAAAAUAGCAUCAAUUAUGGGCACAUUUCCUCCACACCACUUGAAAGGACUUUCAAAGAAUGAUAGUUGGUCUUUGUUCAAGCAACAUGCAUUAGGCAAUGGCAAAGAGGAGAAUGCAAACUUUGUGAUGAUUGGUAAGGAGAUUGUGAAGAAGUGUGGAGGUGUACCUCUAGCUGCAAAGGCUCUAGGAAGCUUAAUGCGCUUCAAAUAUACAGAGCCCGAAUGGCAGUUUGUGAGAGACAGUGAAAUUUGGGAUCUACCAGAAGAUGAAGAAAAUACCAUAUUGCCAGCCUUGAGACUCAGCUACAAUCAUCUUCCCUCACAUUUGAGGCAAUGCUUUUCUUAUUGCUCCAUAUUUCCAAAGGGUCAUUGGAUCCAGAAGGAACAAUUAGUCCUACUCUGGAUGGCUAAUGGUUUUAUUCCAUCAAAAGGUAAAAUGGAGUUGGAAGACAUUGGGAAUGAAAUUUUUAAUGAGUUACUACGGAGGUCUUUCUUCCAAGAUGUGGAAAAAAAUGAUUAUGGCACUGAAGUGCGUUGUAAGAUGCAUGAUCUAGUCCAUGAUCUUGCAUGUUCUGUUAUGGAUAAUGAAUGUUUGACCUUAGAUCAGACUAGCAGAGAAAGAGUUGUUCCCAAAGGGAUUCGGCACUUGUCAAUGAAGCUUGACCGCGAAUCGUCUGACUCACAAAUGUUGGCACCAUCCACUAAUGAUUCCUUGCGCAAAUCUCAAACCAUACGUACCCUGCUGCUUGAUGUCGAGUCAUCAGAGUUUCAUGAAAGUUACAUGAAACUUCUCACUCAUUUCAACUUUUCAAAUCAUAGAUGCCUACGAGCAUUAGAUUUGACUUUUGAUGCAUUUGAUAUGGAUCCCAGAGGUGUACUGCUGAAAUUAUUUUUGUCCAAAACAAUAAGCCAGAAACCAAUUUAUCUGCCAUCUUCAAUAGCCAAUUUGAUACACUUGAGGUACCUGAACCUGUCUGGUAUGAAAAUUAGGACAUUACCUGAAUCCUUGAGCAACCUAAAACAUUUGCAGACAUUGAAUCUGUUCAACUGUUCAAUGCUUCAAAAGUUGCCUACACACAUGAGUACCAUGAGCAGUCUCAGGCACUUGGAUAUUCGUAAGUGUAACUCGCUUAGGCAAAUGCCAAUCGGUAUAGGGAAGUUGGUUCACCUCCAGACAUUAAGCAUCUUCAUUGUGGGGGAGAAGAAUGGAUGUCAUAUCAGUGAGUUACAAGGACUGAACCUGAGAGGAUCGCUACAGAUAAAUAGUCUUGGGAACGUGAAGAAUUCAAUGGAUGCCAAAGAAGCCAAUUUGAUAAGAAAGAGAAACCUUCACUCCUUAACCCUGUCUUGGUCCACACAUCUUGGGAUUCCCAUCAAAGAAAAUACUGAAGAGGUGCUUGAAGGCCUCCAGCCCCCAGCAAGCAUAAAAACAUUGGAAAUAGAAGGCUACAUGGGCAAGAAAUUUCCAAGUUGGAUGGAUGAUUUGUCGCUUCAAAAUUUAGUUCGUGUGGUAUUCAAAGACUGUGAUAGAUGUGAACAUCUCCCGCCUCUUGCGCAUCUGCCAUAUCUUAAGUUUCUUGAGUUAAGAAGAAUGGAUUCUAUUCAAUGCUUAGGUUUUGAUCAGUUCUACAGUGAUGAUGACAGGGGUAAAGGAUUCCCAUUGCUGAAAGAACUAGCAUUAUAUGACAUGCUAAAUCUAGAAGGAUUGUUUGCAGUACUCCCUUGCCUUCUGUCAAUGACAAUUAUAAAUUGUGACAAGUUGAAAACUCUCCCAUUGGUUCCUUCUCUUCAAAGGUUACAUCUAGAAACCAGAAAUGAAUAUGUUCCAGAAGGGCUACUACAAAAUCAGAACCUCCCUGUUCUUCAGAGAUUGACUUUUAAUAAUUCUCGCGAGCUCAUCACAUUGCCAAGAUUGUCUAUUAAGCUUGGGGAAUCGGGCUUUAGCUCUCUUAAAGACCUUCGUGUCUUUGGGUGCCAUGCUAUGAAAUCAUUGUGGGAGGAUGAGACACAGUUCCAGGGGCUUAGCUCUUUAAAGGCAUUAUCAAUUCAAAAUUGUGACAGAAUAACAUCUCUGUCAGGGAUGAGAUAUUUAACAGCUCUCCAGUAUUUGUAUAUUGAUAAUUGUCCAGAGCUGGAACUCUCCCAAUUGGAGGAUUUCAGGUACCUCACUUCCCUUGAAGUACUAGUAAUGUGGUCUCUGCCUAAGUUGACAUCUUUGCCAAAGUGGAUCCACAAUCUCACGUCUCUUCGAACCAUAAACAUUUGGAGUUGUCAAAAUCUUACUUUCUUUCCAGAUGAUCUUCGACUACUAACAACACUGCAAACUGUAACAAUAGAAGAAUGCCCAAGAUAUCCCACAUUAUGAAGGUCAUCCUCAAAUCUUUGAAGUUGGGGUGAUUUCUUAGAGUUGAAGAGGAGGUGAUGCAUUGGCCCAUAAACAAGUUAUUUCUCAGGAAAUGGCUAAGGAGAUGCUGUCACUCAGCUGAGGCGCGGAGAGCUUUAACAAAAAAAGAAACUCUACAUUGAGGAGGAUAUCACUAUUUUUCAUCUAUUAGACAUUGAUUUCUAUUUUUAAUGUUCUUGUUAAUAAGUACGUAAGUCAUAAAUAUAACAUAAAGCUAGGCUCAUGUCAUUGUCAAUAAGUAUGAAAAUUCCAACUAUUAGACACUGGAUGGUGUGAAUAGUCCACUUGUCAAAUUUUGUACCCAAAUUCAACCAUAUUUUCUUUUGUGUAUUUGCAUCCAUCUCCAUGUAUGUACAUGCAUAUCGACAUUAUUUCAA